GCAGAGCUGCGGGGGGGGCUGGGGGCCCGGCCCCUGCAGUCAGCACGUUCCCUGCCUGGGACCCCCCACUGCCUGAAGCAUUUCCCUGUCGACCUCCGCACCUCCAUGGAUGGCAAGUACAAGGAGAUCGCUGAGGUGGGUCCCUGCCCUGAGUCCCUCAGACUCGAGCCCGACAUUUUGCUCAGAGCCAAACAGGACUUCCUGAAAAUUGACAGUGCUGCCGACUUACAGCUCUUCAAAGAGCAGCAUGAGGACCUGUCGGACCAUGUUCCCAAGGAGCGGGAAGCGCUGCUGGAGCGGGAGUUCCAGCGAGUCACCAUCUCCGGGGAGGAGAAGUGUGGGGUGCCCUUUACGGACCUCCUGGAUGCAGCCAAGAGCGUGGUGAAGGCCUUGUUCCUACGGGAGAAGUACAUGGGCUUGUCCCUGCAGAGCUUCUGCAAAACCACUGCCCGGUACCUGCAGGAGCUCUCUGAGAAACCCCUGGAGACCCGUGUCUACGAGGAGGUGCCUGAGACCCCCGUAGCUGCUGAUGCCCCCGUGCACCCCCCGUUCGCCGAGCAGCACCCCUACGAGAGGUGGGACCCCCAGACCAUGCCAGCAGACCUGGGCUUUGGGCUGAAGAUGGUGGAUGGUGUCGUGCACGUCUACACCAAGCAGGACCUCACCGACAAGAGCACGGAGCUGGACCUGCCCUACCCUGACCUGCAGGAGUUCAUCGCUGACAUGAACUUCCUCAUGGCUUUGAUCAUCAAUGGGCCCAUCAAGUCCUUCUGCUACCGCCGCCUGCAGUACCUGAGCUCCAAGUUCCAGAUGCACGUGCUGCUCAACGAGAUGAAGGAGCUGGCAGCCCAGAAGAAGGUGCCCCACCGGGACUUCUACAACAUCCGCAAGGUGGACACCCACAUCCACGCCUCGUCCUGCAUGAACCAGAAGCAUCUCCUGCGCUUCAUCAAGAGGGCCAUGAAGAAGCACCUGGAUGAGAUUGUCCACGUGGAGAAGGGCAAGGAGCAGACGCUCAAGGAGGUCUUUGAGACGAUGAACCUCACGGCCUACGACCUGAGCGUGGACACGCUGGAUGUCCAUGCGGACCGCAACACCUUCCACCGCUUCGACAAGUUCAACGCCAAGUACAACCCCAUCGGCGAGUCCAUCCUGCGCGAGAUCUUCAUCAAGACCGACAACCGCGUCUCGGGGAAGUACUUCGCCCACAUCAUCAAGGAGGUGAUGUCUGACCUGGAGGAGAGCAAGUACCAGAACGCUGAGCUGCGACUUUCCAUCUACGGCCGCUCCCGGGACGAGUGGGACAAGUUGGCCCGUUGGGCCGUCAACCACCGCGUCCACUCCAACAACGUCCGCUGGCUGGUCCAGGUGCCCCGGCUCUUUGAUGUCUACCGGACGAAGAAGCAGUUGGCCAACUUCCAGGAGAUGCUGGAGAACAUCUUCAUGCCCCUCUAUGAAGCUACUGUCCACCCUGCACAGCACCCCGAGCUGCACCUCUUCCUGGAGCAUGUGGAUGGCUUUGACAGCGUGGAUGAUGAAUCCAAACCAGAACAUCACAUCUUCAACCUGGACAGCCCCUUGCCGGGCAACUGGGUGGAGGAGGACAACCCACCCUACUCCUACUACCUGUACUACAUGUACGCCAACAUGACAGUGCUCAACCACCUCCGACGGAAGAGAGGCUUCCACACCUUCGUGCUGCGCCCGCACUGCGGCGAGGCCGGGCCCAUCCACCACCUGGUCUCGGGCUUCAUGGUCUCAGAGAACAUCUCCCAUGGCUUGUUGCUCCGCAAGGCCCCCGUCCUGCAGUACCUGUACUACCUGGCGCAGAUCGGCAUCGCCAUGUCCCCCUUGAGCAACAACAGCCUCUUCCUCAGCUACCACCGCAACCCCCUGCCCGAGUACCUGUCACGGGGGCUCAUGGUCUCCCUCUCCACUGAUGACCCCCUCCAGUUCCACUUCACCAAGGAGCCACUGAUGGAGGAGUACAGCAUUGCCACCCAGGUCUGGAAGCUGAGCUCCUGUGACAUGUGUGAGCUGGCCCGGAACAGCGUCCUGAUGAGCGGCUUCUCCCACAAGCUGUGCAGCUACUGGCUGGGUCCCCACUACCUGAAGGAGGGUCCCGAGGGCAACGACAUCCGUCGCACCAACGUCCCCGACAUCCGCGUCAGUUACCGCUUCGAGACGCUGUGCCAGGAGCUCACCCUGAUCACCCAGGCCGUGCAGAGCGAGGAGCUGGAGACCAUCCAGGAGGAGGAUGUUCUCACCAUCACCUCCAACCUGGCCACCCACUGA